GUCACCAAAACGGUGUCGGUUAGUAACUUUCUUCACCAACUACCAAAAACGUCUGACGAAGAAAAAAGUAUAAGUAAAGCAGAGAGAAGAGUAAGGGAAGAGAACAAGUACUAAAAAUGGAGGAGGAGAAGAAGCGGAAUUCAACGGUUGAGAUCUCCGGAUUACGUUUCACGUAUCCUGGAAUCGACGGUCAUCCACCACCGGGAUCGAAACCACUUAUAGAAGAUUUCUCAAUCACGCUUAAUUCGAGCGAUCGGUGUCUCCUCGUCGGAUCUAAUGGCGCUGGGAAAACGACGAUUCUGAAGAUAUUGGGAGGGAAACAUAUGGUUGAGCCGCAUAUGGUUAGGGUUCUGGGUCGCUCGGCGUUUCAUGAUACCGGAUUGACAUCUUCUGGUGAUCUCUGUUAUCUCGGUGGCGAGUGGAGGCGUGAUGUUGCAUUUGCAGGAUUUGAAGUUCCGAUACAAAUGGACAUUUCGGCGGAGAAAAUGAUAUUUGGAGUGGCUGGUAUUGAUCCUCAGAGAAGAGAUGAGUUGAUCAAGGUGUUGGAUAUCGAUAUCUCAUGGAGAUUGCACAAGGUAUCGGAUGGCCAGAGAAGACGUGUUCAGAUUUGUAUGGGACUCCUCAAGCCAUUUAAGGUUCUCCUUUUGGAUGAAAUAACUGUUGAUCUUGACGUUCUCGCAAGAGCAGACCUUUUGAAAUUUCUGAGAAAGGAAUGCGAAGAACGAGGAGCAACCAUAAUCUACGCUACUCAUAUAUUUGAUGGUCUAGAGGAUUGGCCAACAAACAUUGUGUAUGUUGCAAACGGGAAACUGCAAUUAGCAUUGCCAAUGGAGAAAGUGAAGGAGACAAGCAAGAAGUCAUUGAUGAGAACAGUUGAGAGUUGGCUGAGGAAAGAAAGAGAUGAAGAGAGAAAGAGAAGGAAAGAGAGGAAAGCAAAUGGGCUUCCGGAGUUUGAAACACGUACUGAAGAAAGCCGUGUGACCGGUGAUCCAGCACGGAUGCUGAACAAUGGCUGGGCCGCCGGGAGACUCCACUCUACGGUUGCAGGCGGUGAGGAGAAUUUCGUCUUAAGCUCAAACAGAGUUCUAAGAUAAAUUAUGCAAGGGAUAGACGAAGGGGAAUAAUCAUUAUUUUUAUGU